CAAGCUGCACUUUACUCUUCUGACCAGAAAUUGCAGGCAAUAAGUUUUUAAAUCGUAUUCAAUUUUCAAAGAAUCAUCCUUAAAAGGUACUUAAUUGGGUUUCAAUUUCCAUGAUGGAUGUAAAACGCGCAAUGGCUCUAAAUGAGGUUAUGAGGAUCACAAGGGGGAUAUGGGAGCAUUUCCACUAAGAUGCUGGUAUGUGUGCUGUACACUGGGCUGAUUGGAAAUUUCAGUGGAAGUAUUAGUGGAGGAAAACGCUUCCUGUAACCGCGUAUCGCACAGAUAAAUGGAGCAACGGAAAGGAGGGGGCGCAGAAAACUUGACUCAGCGUACAAGUGAUGGUCAGUCAACUCAUGUGGACUUUCCUCUUCAGGUGGAUCACAUAUGUGGCGGAGUAGCCCACAAGGGACAGGUCACUUCGUCGGCGAGGCAGAAUAAAAAGUGAGCUUCACUUUGAGGAGACGGGUCUACGACUACAGCGAGGACGCACUGGGGAUUUGGAGAGCAGGAUCUUUCAGCUGUUUACGCACUCUAUCUUUGCACUCUGUCGGUGGUCAGAGGAUGGCCGCAGAUACUCAUAUGACUUCAGAAGCUUUAUUUCUUCAAACAUAGGAGUAGACUUUAAGAGGACAUAUUUGAAUCCGGACAGGAGCACUAAAUAAAUCAAAUUACGCACAUUAUCAGUAUUUUCCUCUGGAAGCACCGGAAACAACCACCAAAUUUAAGGACUUUAUAAAGGUGUCUGGAGAGAAGAAAGCUUACUCCCCCUCUCCUGUCCCCCACGGGAGCUAUGAGCGGACCGCGCAGGCACGUCAUUAUGGGACUGGUGUUACUGUUGUGCACGCUAACUGAGCACUGCAGCGAGAGCGCGCCCUCGACGGCCCCCACGGUGACAGCAGCGGCGGUCGGCGGGGUCGCGCACCGGGACUUCAGGCGAAUAGUAGAAAUCGUGAAACACGUGGAGGAGAACCGGGGACGCCACACCUCGAAAACGGAAGCCCCACAAACGUCACGAGUGGAGAGCUCAACGUUGGAGCAGAGGGAUUUUCGAAACAGAACAGAGAGAGGAAGUCAGGCUGUCGUUGUAUUUCCAAGAGAUCUAAGAAAGAAGGAGAAAUUUCUGAAACACAUAACAGGUCCGAUUUACUUCGGCCCCAAGUGCAGGAAGGAUGUGUACAGACUUUACCACCACACCAGAGACUGCACGAUACCUGCAUACUUCAAAAGAUGUGCGCGACUUCUCACACGGCUAGCCGGCAGCCCACAGUGCACAGAGGGGUAGCACACACAAGGUUGAAUGCAAACACGAGAACUCCAGAAGAAAAAAAAUACUUUGGGGGAAAUAAAUGUGCCUUGGGCAAUAAUAGGGAAGCCUAAACCCAACCAGCCCCACUGACUUUAGGCACAUACUGUCCUUCACUCAGGUCCCUUCUGCUACGGCGUGAAUUGCUACCAAUCACCACUCUGGACCUUGGAGGUUAUGGGCGCGACCAAGCAACAAAACCCAGACCAGGAUAAAGAUGAAGGGGGUGAAAAGUUUAAAAAAGAAAAAAAAUGGUGACUUGGAGAAGAAAAAGACAUAGUGGCUGACAUAAACAAACCACAGGCCUUUUUUUCAGCUGGAAUCCAAAAAGAUGCCAUAAAACAAAUGAAAACAACUUCACUACAUCUAUAUAACUUGUUUGCAAUUAAGUUACCUUGUCAAGAGUGUUUCAGGUUGAAUCCACUCUUUCUACUGCACUACCUAGAUUUACCUUUAAUUUUUUUUUUAUUGUUAUUUUUUUAAUAAGUUCUCACAGACCCCAAGCUAGCAGUCCCAGCACAGUUUCACCCACAUGUGCUUUGAACGAACUGUGAUUAAAUUAUUAAUUGCAUGAUCAUUUUUCUGCCUCUUUAUGCAACACAACAAAGAAAAAAAAAAGCGAGUUUGUUGUAUGUCACAGUCCUCCUGUGGAUCUUGGGUAAAGCGUAAUAAAGCCUUUAUUUAUGUAUUUGACUCAUCACAAGGUUCCACUGUACAUAAAAUAUAGGCCAUGAUCAUUUAAACAUGUGAAUAAUGUAAAGCAAAGCAUAGGAAGAAUCCACCUAACUACCAUAAAUGAACU